AUGGGAGCCGCAACGCUCGAGAUAUCUGAUGAUCAGAUAGAGGCGUUGCUGUCAGAAGCGGAAAGCCGGCUGGCAUCCAAUGCUUCUGAGCAACAUGCCAUCUCCAAGGUCAACCAGCCAGAGGCAGGCUCCCUCGCCGUGAGAGCCGCUUCUGGCGAGGUCGGACAGCAAGGCGAAAUAGUGAAGAAGUCCAAGGAUCUUUCUGUACGAGUUCCUCAGCUGGUCGCUAAAAAGAGCAAGACUGCUGCAGACGAUGCUGGCCCGGACUGGUAUCACCUACCACGAACGAAUCUGGCAGAUCCCAAUGUUAAGAGAGAUCUCCAGCUGUUACGCAUGCGAUCAGUCUUGGACCCGAAGCGCCAUUUCAAAAAGGACACGAGGAAAAACCCGCUGCCAGAGUUCUCCCAAGUAGGAACUCUCAUCGAAGGUCCUACAGAGUUUUAUAGUGCACGCCUAACCCGAAAAGAGCGGAAGCGCACUCUUGUCGAAGAAGUUCUUGGCUCUGCAGAGUCCAAUGCCAAGUUCAAGAGCAAAUAUAACGAAAUCCAGGAGAGGUCAACAAGCGGAAAGAAGAGCCAUUACAAGAAAUUGAUGGCGCGGAGACGGCGCGGAGUUUGA